CAAAGUUCUUCCAGUCCCUCACUCCAGAGUCCAGACUCCACACUCUAGUGCGUGUCUAUGUGUGAUGAAGUGUGUGUGAGAGACAGAGUGAGGGGAGGGAUAGGGGUUUUGAAGGGUGAAGACUGAAGGGUUCUCUCUGCUAUAUCCACUGAACUGAUCAACAGAGGAAUUGGACCUUAUUAUCUGCCCCUCUCGUGAUUCAUUUUGUCCCAGAAGAAAAAAAAACUCUCACCUCUAGAAAUAACCAUAUAUAUAUAAACCUCAAGGUUGUCCAUUCUUGGAUUCCUUUACCAGACACGUUUCCACUUUUGAGAUAUUUCUCUGAAUUCUCAGCAUCCCUCUUCACCAAAUCUUAUUUCUAUUCUUGACACUAGAAUUUUGGGUUCUUGUGUGCAUUUACUCCUCUUUCUUCGCCAUCAGUCUUUGACAAUUUGAGCUUUUCAGAGUUUUUAAAGCACUGUGUUUCAAUUUUUCUUUCAUCCUGCAAAACUUUCAGCGGACAGACAGUAGCUUUUCCUUUUGCUUUACCUCAUAGCUGAAGAUAGGAACUUCAUAAAUUCUGGAGGACAAUUUGGCGUAGACUUUCCUUUCAAUGUGACGGUAAAUUCAAGGCUGAUUUUUUGAGGCUUUCUUGUAUUUUUCUGGCCUUCCUUUUUAAAGGGUUUCUGGUGACUUCUUAGUCUGAGGUACUGUUAAAAGGUUUUGGCCUGUUCACUUUUUCUUGACGGUCAUUUAGGUUCUUUUGGUCCAUAGUGAAGCGAAGUGAAGUUGUACCUUUUAGGGUUUAAGCCUUCAGGGCUCUUGUACUUUCUUCUCCUUUGCGGACAGUUCCUCUUUACCUAUUCAACUCUUGCUACUUCUCUGCCGAUUGUUGCUGAAACUUUGCUGAAUUUAAAGCUGUCCCUUUUCGCAUCUUCAUCAUUAAGGUGCAAUUGAAGCUUGAAACUAUUCAAGAAUUGCUGGAGUUUCCAGCUUUUUUUGUUUUAUUGUUUUGUGAAGUGGGAUUUCCUCUAAGCUUUCCCAUUUUCAUGACAAUUGUCUUUUAUUAGGCUUUGAAUUCAGUUUUCCAGUCUUCUUUCUGAAAUUAAAUUCUGUCCUGAAAGUCGAAAGGUUGCAAUUUGCAGCUUCUGAAUGAAGGCAUAAGUAGCUCAGCUUUCCAUCUUGUCUUGAUGGGAUUUUACUCUUGAUUGAAGGCUUUUGUCAAGUUUCUCCUGGAUUCAAUUUUUUCAAUCUUUCUUGAUUCAAUCUACAAAUGUCUUCUUGUUUGAGUGGAGGCGGUCGAGCAUACAGAUUACACCUUGAGAUUAUCAAAUCUCCAACAACAUCAUGGACGUCACAGUCGUCAUCUCCUUCAUCAACUCUCUCAGAAUCAAGCAACUCUCCAAUUGCAAUCUCCACUAGAAAGCCUCGAACACCUCGAAAAAGGCCUAAUCAGACUUACAAUGAAGCAGCUGCUCUGCUUUCCACAGCCUAUCCUAAAAUUUUCUCCACAAAACACCUCACCAAGCCUUGCAAAUUCACCAAACAACAGUACCCCUUUUCAUAUGAGCCAUCAGACUUGUUACUACCUUUUCCAGUCAUCGAUAAUUCGAGCUUCUUGAUACAUCAUCCACCUGUGCUAGAGAAGCCUAAUAGUUAUCCAAUUGAGCAAAAGAUGGCAAGUUCUUGUGAAAAGCCAUGCCAGAGUCCAGGGGAAAUCAAUUCCAAGAUGAAUUUCUCGGAGGUGUCUGAUGAUUUCAAUGAGGAUUUCGAUGCAGAGUCAAUACUUGAUGAGGAAAUUGAACAGGGGAUUGACAGCAUAAUGGGGAAUUUAGGUGUGGAAAAUGAAGCAGUUGAUGAGUCUAAUACGUUUUGUUAUGGUACUAAUACUAGUCAAAUAGGAACUUGUUAUGGUUAUCCAGUUGGGCUAGGAUUUGGAGUUAAUUCUGAGUAUGGAAAUUUUGGGAUGAGAAAUAAUCACAUUAGAGCAUUUAGGAAUAGUGACGAGGGAGAUUGGUGGUUUCCUAUUGUAAAUGUCCGUGACAUCACACCAAGAUUCCAUAAACCACCGGCGGAGAAGAAGAAGAAAAAGGUCGAAAAGACGGUCGAAUUGAAGAAUUUAGCUGAACCAUCAUCAGUAACUGCAAAGGAGACUCUAAUUUCAUCAUCAUCUGCAAGAGCAAUGAAGCAAAAUUCUGGUCCUGCACAAAAAUUAGCCAAGGACAAAGUCAAGGACAAGGACAAGGACAAGGAGGAGGAGGAGGAGCCUAAUGAGCCUAAGCCAAAUGUUGGUAGCUUGCUACUAAAAUUGAACUACGACAACGUAUUGACUGCGUGGUCCGAUGGGCCGUCGCCAUUUGCCGAUGACUCUCCAGUGGCUGAGGCUUCUGGAAAUGAUUUGCAAGCCAGGCUGGCUAAAAUAGACUUAUUCUCAGAAACAGGUGGUGUUAGGGAAGCCAGCGUAUUGCGCUACAAGGAAAAGCGACGCACGCGCCUAUUCUCGAAGAAAAUCAGGUACCAAGUCAGGAAAGUCAAUGCUGAUCGACGGCCCAGAAUGAAGGGUCGAUUUGUGAGAACGCCAAAUUCUCCUGAUAGUGAGCAAGGAUAGAGGGACUUUUCUUAGCAACACUAGUCUAUAUAGCCAUUUUGCAUCAGCAUUUUUUUCUUGAUUUUUUUUCCCCUCAAGACCAGCUUGAACUACCACCAUAGGCAGAAAAUUGGUUAAGGUAUGCGUACCAAGAAGAGAAGGAAGAUCUUUUGCUCACUUUUUUGUAACAUUCCUCUUAGACUUUCUGUUUGUAGCCUUCUUAGAGAAGUGCUUUUGUAUCAAUUUGCUUCUCAAAUCAUGGUUGAAAAUUACCUUCUUAUACAACGAGCAGCUGGCUAGAAACUUCACUCUUUGUUACUUGAUGAAUAAAGUAAUUAUACUAUAAUAUUUUUCAACC